GGCUAACGGCUCCCCCUCGAGGCCGAGCUGCAGACGCGAUGGCGUCGGGGCCCGACAGUACCGAGACGGAAGACUCGCCUCUGGGGAUCAGCCCGGGGAGGCGCGGGGAGAAGGUCGUUUUUUCGGUCCUCGAAGAAGGGGCCGCCAAAAGCAGCCUGUCCCCGGUGCGGUCGGUGGUGGCCUCGCCGCGGCCCGUGAAGGGCAGAGCCGGCCGAGAGGCGGCGCGGCGGCGGCUGCAGCUGCUGCCCAUGCCCCAGGCCGAGGGCCCCGGCGGAGACGGCGAGGAGGAGGAGGAGGAGGAGGAGGAGGAGGAGGGCCUGCUCUCGGUGCACGAGGAGGAGGAGGAGGAGGCGCAGCCCCUGCCGCCGGUCUGCGCGUCCCCCAUGAGGGGCAUGUGGCGGGACGAGAAGGUGGCGCUCUAUUGCGACCAGGUGUUGCAGGGCUGUAAGGCAGAGGAUGCUGAUGAAGCAAUGAGCAAAUAUCUAUCAGAAAAAUUAAAGAUGAAAGACAAAUGGCUUGGUGUCUGGAAGACAAAUCCAGAGUUGUUCUUCAUCAAAUAUGAAGAAGCUUCCAUACCUUUUGUUGGAGUUCUUGUUGAGGUAACUUGUAAACCACGCCAAAGCUCAUCAUCUUGUUUCAAAGUCACUGUAUCUGUUGCUGAACCCUUUUCAUCUAAUAUUGCAAAUAUUCCAAGGGAUUUGAUUGAUGAAACCUUGGAAGAAUUAGAACACAGUGUACCUCUUUUGGAAGUUUAUCCAGUUCAAGGACAAGAUGAUGAUAUACAUGAUAUUGCCCUGGCCUUGGAAGUUGUAAGGUUUUUCUAUGAUUUCCUUUGGAGAGACUGGGAUGAUGAAGAAAGCUGUGAGAAUUAUACAGCCCUAAUUGAAGAAAGAAUUAAUCUGUGGUGUGAUAUCCAGGAUGGUACAAUUCCCGGUCCUAUUGCACAGCGAUUUAAAAAAACUUUGGAGAAGUACAAAAACAAGCGCGUGGAACUAAUUGAAUACCAAAGCAAUAUUAAAGAAGAUCCAUCUGCAGCAGAAGCUGUUGAAUGUUGGAAAAAAUACUAUGAAAUUGUAAUGCUAUGUGGGUUGUUGAAGAUGUGGGAAGAUUUACGCCUCAGAGUACAUGGACCUUUCUUCCCAAGAAUUUUGAGGCGUAGGAAAGGAAAAAGAGAAUUGGGGAAAACUAUAACUCAUAUUGUAGCAAAGGUGAUGACUACCGAAAUGGUUAAAGACUUAUCCUCAGACACGCUUCUCCAACAACAUGAUGAUUUAGAUCUGGCUUUGGAUAGCUGUUACAGUGGUGACACAGUAGUCAUUUUUCCAGGAGAAUAUCAAGCUACCAAUCUUGCCUUAUUGACUGAUGACAUCAUUAUUAAAGGAGUUGGAAAGAGAGAGGAGAUUGUGAUCACUUCAGAGCCUUCUCGUGACAGUUUUGUAGUAUCUAAAGCUGAAAAUGUGAAACUGAUGCAUCUUACUUUGAUACAACAAGGGACUGUGGAUGGUAUUGUGGUCGUGGAGUCUGGUCACAUGUCCCUAGAGGACUGUGUAUUGAAAUGUGAAGGAACUGGAGUAUGUGUUCUUACAGGAGCAGCCUUGACUAUCACUGAUAGUGAAAUUACUGGAGCUCAGGGUGCUGGGGUUGAACUGUAUCCUGGCAGCAUAGCCAUUUUGGAAAGAAAUGAAAUUCAUCACUGCAAUAAUCUUAGAACUAGUGACAAUUCAAAAAGCACCUUAGGUGGGGUGAAUAUGAAGGUUCUUCCUGCCCCAAAAUUGAAGAUGAAUAAUAAUCAUAUUUAUUGCAACAAUGGAUAUGGAGUAAGCAUUCUACAGCCAACUGAACAGUUUUUUAUUAUAGCAGAAGGAACUCUUAACAAAGGAGCUGCUUCAGGAGAUAAAAAAGAUGAUGAUAUGCUUUCCAAAGUAAUGCAAAAUCUGAAUCUGGAAAUGAAUAAUAAUAAGAUAGAAGCAAACUUAAAGGGGGAUAUCAGAAUAGUCACAAGUUAAAGCAUCAGGAUUCGUGUUGAGGAUGCGUAUUUGAGAUAUAUGUUUAAUAAAUAGUUGCUGAUUCCCAAGGAAAUGGUAGUUGUAAUUAAGUUCUGAGUUUGUUUAAUUAAACUAUGAAGAUUUUUCUAUUAAUGAUCUUGGAAGGAAUGAUUCAUUUUAACAUUUUAUGCUUUUUGCUUUGGAUAGUAAACGAGUAUCCUGUUCAAGAACCCUUAGAAAAAAAUUUGUUUUAGUAAUGUAAGGAACUUACAUUGUACUAGAAGAUAUGUUAAUUGCCCCAGAUAAUAACACAGUAUAUAUGCCAAGUUCACUCAUGAGUGACAGAGCACUAACCACUAGCAACAUUGGAAAACAGCCUAAGGAUUCUAUAAGGCAGAUUGAGGGAAGUGGGAAAAUCACUUCCACAAAGAUAUGGAGGUACAUGAUGGAAUGUCAUGUAAUGGGGGAACAGCAAAUAGGCGAAUUUAGUUGGACAUAGUACAUGAAGGGGAGAGAGAGAUUUGAAAUUAAUCUGCAAGUCAGAAUUGGGAAGGGUUUUAAAAGCCAAUUAGAAAAAGUUUAUUUUUUAACCUUAGAAACAAAAGAGGGCCACUGAACAACUUGAGUAAAGUAGUAGCAUGGUCACCUUUGUGACUUAGAAAUAUCAAUUUGCCAGCUAUGUCAAAGAUGAAUUGGAGAAAGGAGAGAUUUGAUUCAGGGUGACAAGGCUGUUCCUAGUCUGGGCAAGAAGAGAGACAAGUCUUCUUUCAAACCAGUACUACUACUAAUUACCAUGUUGUACAAUCCCAAGAAUAUAAAAUAUCCACUCAAAUCACUAUGUUCUAUGUUUGACUUCACAAUCAUCAUUAGCCAAACUAUGAUUCCAGAUUGAGAAAGUUGUAUACUUUGACAAGCCUAAAGCCCAAUUUAUAAGGGCAUAUAUGACUAACGUUGGGGUGGAUCAUAAAGUUGCCUGAAUUUGACUGAAUUGGGCUUAUUUAUCCAUAAUUUAUAAAACGUGAAAAAUGAAUCACCACUGAUUAUUUCU